AGAUACCGGGAUCACCAGCGCCGGCGGAGCCAGCGGUGGCUUGGAGGCUGUGUCCGCACGCCGCUGGAGUGAGGCGGCGGGGCCUUUGCGCGUCAGGAUUGACAACUGGGAGGAAACUGGCGGAAAGAUGCCCUCUGAUUCUUUCUGCUUGGCUGCCCAGACUCGACUUGACUCCAAAUGGUUGAAAACAGAUAUACAGCUUGCAUUCACAAGAGAUGGGCUCUGUGGCUUGUGGAAUGAAAUGGUUAAAGAUGGAGAAAUUGUAUAUACGGGGACAGAAUUAAACCAGAAUGGAGAGCUUCCUCCUAGAAAAGAUGAUGGUGUUGAUACUCAAAGUGGAACAAAGAAAGAAGAUCUGAAUGACAAAGAGAAAAAAGAUGAAGAAGAAACUCCUGCACCUGCAUGUAGGGCCAAAUCAAUCCUAGAGAGCUGGGUAUGGGGCAAGCAACCAGAUGUGAAUGAACUGAAGGAAUGUCUUUCUGUGUUGGUUAAAGAGCAGCAAGCUCUGGCCAUGCAGUCAGCCACUACUACCCUUUCAGCCUUGAGACUCAAGCAGAGGCUGGUCAUCUUGGAACGGUACUUCAUUGCCUUGAAUAGAACUGUUUUCCAGGAGAAUGUCAAAGUUAAGUGGAAAAGCAGCAGCGUUUCUUUGCCUCCUGUGGACAAAAAGAGUUCCCGGCCCACAGGCAAAGGAGUGGAAGGACUUGCGAGAGUUGGAUCCCGAGCAGCUCUCUCCUUUGCCUUUGCCUUCUUACGCAGGGCCUGGCGGUCAGGGGAGGAUGCAGAUCUCUGCAGCGAGCUGUUACAGGAGUCCCUGGAUGCCUUGAGAGCCCUGCCUGAGGCUUCACUCUUUGAUGAGAGCACGGUGUCCUCUGUGUGGCUGGAGGUGGUAGAGAGAGCAACCAGGUUCCUCAGGUCUGUUGUGACAGGGGAUGUUCAUGGAACGCCUGGUACCAAAGGGCCGGGAAGCAUUCCCCUUCAGGACCAGCACCUGGCCCUGGCCAUCCUGUUAGAGCUGGCUGUGCAGAGAGGCACGCUGAGCCAAAUGUUAUCUGCCAUCCUGUUGUUGCUUCAACUGUGGGACAGUGGGACCCAGGAAACUGACAAUGAACGGUCCGCCCAGGGCACCAGCGCCCCCCUUCUCCCUUUGUUGCAAAGAUUCCAGAGCAUCAUCUGCAGUAAAGAUGCCCCUCAUACAGAUGGUGACACUCACCUUUUGUCUGGUCCUUUGAGCCCCAAUGAGAGUUUCCUGAGGUACCUUACUCUUCCACAAGACAAUGAACUUGCCAUUGACUUAAGACAAACUGCGGUUGUUGUCAUGGCCCAUUUAGACCGCCUGGCUACUCCCUGUAUGCCACCUCUGUGUAGCUCACCAACGUCUCAUAAGGGAUCAUUGCAAGAAGUCAUAGGAUGGGGGUUAAUAGGAUGGAAAUACUAUGCCAAUGUGAUUGGUCCAAUUCAGUGUGAAGGACUUGCCAACCUGGGGGUCACGCAGAUCGCCUGUGCAGAAAAGCGCUUCCUGAUCUUGUCGAGGAAUGGCCGCGUGUAUACGCAGGCCUACAACAGUGACACGCUGGCCCCACAGCUGGUCCAGGGUCUUGCCUCCAGAAACAUUGUGAAGAUUGCUGCCCAUUCUGAUGGUCACCACUACCUGGCUCUGGCAGCCACGGGAGAGGUGUACUCCUGGGGUUGUGGGGAUGGUGGUCGACUGGGCCACGGGGAUACUGUGCCUUUGGAAGAGCCUAAGGUGAUAUCUGCUUUCUCUGGAAAACAGGCUGGGAAGCAUGUGGUGCACAUCGCGUGUGGAAGCACAUAUAGUGCGGCCAUCACUGCCGAGGGGGAGCUAUAUACCUGGGGCCGAGGGAACUACGGCCGACUAGGCCACGGCUCCAGUGAAGAUGAGGCCAUUCCAAUGCUGGUAGCUGGGCUUAAAGGAUUGAAGGUCAUUGAUGUGGCAUGCGGGAGCGGGGAUGCUCAAACCCUGGCCGUGACAGAGAAUGGUCAGGUGUGGUCUUGGGGAGAUGGUGACUAUGGGAAAUUGGGCAGAGGUGGUAGUGAUGGCUGCAAAACACCAAAGCUUAUUGAGAAGCUUCAAGACUUGGAUGUCGUGAAGGUUCGAUGUGGAAGUCAGUUUUCUAUUGCUUUGACGAAAGAUGGCCAAGUUUAUUCAUGGGGAAAAGGUGACAACCAGAGACUUGGGCAUGGAACAGAAGAACAUGUUCGUUAUCCCAAACUCUUGGAAGGCUUGCAAGGGAAGAAGGUAAUUGAUGUGGCUGCAGGCUCCACCCACUGCCUGGCUCUGACUGAGGACAGCGAGGUCCAUAGCUGGGGGAGCAACGACCAGUGCCAGCACUUUGACACCUUGCGUGUGACCAAGCCAGAACCCGCUGCACUGCCAGGACUGGAUACCAAACACAUAGUUGGAAUUGCCUGUGGACCUGCUCAGAGUUUUGCUUGGUCGUCUUGUUCUGAGUGGUCCAUUGGCCUCCGUGUCCCAUUUGUGGUAGACAUCUGCUCAAUGACUUUUGAGCAGCUGGACCUCCUAUUGCGGCAAGUGAGUGAGGGGAUGGAUGGCACUGCGGACUGGCCCCCACCUCAAGAGAAAGAGUGCAUGGCUGUGGCAACGCUGAAUCUUCUACGACUUCAGUUACAUGCUGCCAUUAGUCACCAAGUUGACCCAGAAUUCCUUGGUUUAGGUCUGGGCAGCGUCCUCCUCAACAGCCUGAAACAGACCGUGGUGGCCCUGGCCAGCAGUGCAGGCGUCCUAAGCACUGUGCAGGCAGCUGCCCAGGCUGUGCUGCAGAGCGGGUGGUCCGUGCUUCUGCCCACCGCUGAGGAGAGGGCCCGGGCACUCUCUGCUCUCCUGCCCUGUGCAGUUUCAGGCAAUGAAGUUAACAUAAGUCCAGGUCGUCGAUUCAUGAUUGAUCUUCUGGUGGGCAGCUUGAUGGCUGAUGGAGGCUUAGAGUCAGCCUUAAAUGCAGCCAUUACUGCAGAAAUCCAGGAUAUAGAAGCCAAAAAAGAAGCACAGAAGGAAAAAGAAAUUGAUGAACAAGAAGCCAAUGCCUCAACAUUUCACAGAAGUAGGACUCCAUUGGAUAAAGAUCUUAUUAAUACAGGGAUCUAUGAAUCUUCUGGAAAACAGUGUUUGCCUUUGGUUCAGCUCAUACAACAGCUUCUUAGAAACAUUGCUUCUCAGACAGUAGCCAGAUUGAAAGAUGUUGCCCGUCGGAUCUCAUCAUGUCUAGACUUUGAGCAACAUAGUCGUGAAAGAACUGCUUCAUUGGAUUUGUUGCUGCGCUUUCAGCGCCUACUUAUCAGUAAACUUUAUCCAGGAGAAAGUAUUGGUCAGACCUCAGAUAUUUCUAGUCCUGAGCUUAUGGGUGUCGGUUCCUUACUGAAGAAGUACACAGCCCUUUUGUGCACACACAUUGGCGACAUACUGCCUGUGGCAGCCAGCAUUGCUUCCACCAGCUGGCGGCACUUUGCAGAGGUGGCCUGCAUUGUGGAAGGGGACUUCACUGGUGUUCUUCUUCCAGAACUAGUAGUUUCUAUAGUGCUUCUGCUCAGUAAAAAUGCUGGUCUCAUGCAGGAGGCUGGAGCUGUCCCUCUGAUGGGUGGAUUGUUAGAACAUCUGGAUCGGUUCAACCACCUGGCACCGGGAAAGGAAAGGGAUGACCAUGAAGAGUUAGCCUGGCCUGGCAUCAUGGAGUCAUUUUUUACAGGUCAGAACUGUAGAAAUAAUGAGGAGGUGACACAGAUACGCAAAGCUGAUUUGGAGAACCACAAUAAAGAUGGAGGCUUCUGGACGGUGAUUGAUGGGAAAGUGUAUGAUAUAAAGGACUUCCAGACACAGUCAUUAACAGGAAAUAGUAUUCUUGCUCAGUUUGCAGGGGAAGACCCAGUGGUAGCUUUGGAAGCUGCUUUGCAGUUUGAAGACACUCGGGAAUCGAUGCAUGCCUUCUGUGUUGGCCAGUAUCUGGAGCCUGACCAAGAAGUUGUUACCAUACCAGAUCUGGGAAGUCUCUCUUCGCCUCUGAUAGAUACAGAGAGGAAUCUGGGCCUGCUUCUCGGAUUACAUGCUUCCUAUUUAGCUAUGAGCACACCGCUGUCUCCGGUUGAGAUCGAAUGUGCCAAGUGGCUUCAGUCAUCCAUCUUCUCUGGAGGCCUGCAGACCAGCCAGAUCCACUAUAGCUACAAUGAGGAGAAAGAUGAGGACCAUUGUAGCUCUCCUGGGGGCACUCCUGCCAGCAAGUCCCGACUCUGCUCCCACAGACGGGCCCUGGGCGACCAUUCCCAGGCAUUCCUGCAAGCUAUUGCUGAUAAUAACAUCCAGGAUCACAAUGUGAAGGACUUUCUGUGUCAAAUAGAAAGGUACUGUAGGCAGUGCCACUUGACCACACCAAUCACAUUUCCUCCUGAACAUCCUGUGGAAGAGGUUGGCCGCUUACUGUUAUGUUGCCUUUUAAAGCAUGAAGAUUUAGGUCACGUGGCAUUAUCUUUAGUUCAUGCAGGAACACUUGGUAUUGAGCAAGUAAAGCACAGAACAUUGCCUAAAUCAGUAGUGGAUGUUUGUAGAGUUGUCUACCAGGCAAAAUGUUCACUCAUUAAGACACAUCAAGAACAGGGUCGUUCUUACAAGGAAGUCUGUGCUCCAGUCAUCGAACGUUUGAGAUUCCUCUUUAAUGAACUAAGACCUGCAGUUUGUAAUGAUCUCUCUAUAAUGUCCAAGUUUAAACUGUUAAGUUCUUUGCCCCGUUGGAGGAGGAUAGUUCAGAAGAUAAUUCGAGAACGAAGGAAAAAGAGAGUUCCUAAGAAGCCAGAAUCUACUGAUGAUGAAGAAAAAAUUGGAAAUGAAGAGAGUGAUUUAGAAGAAGCAUGCAUUUUGCCUCACAGUCCUAUAAAUGUGGACAAAAGACCCAUUACAAUUAAAUCACCUAAGGAUAAAUGGCAGCCACUGUUGAGUACGGUUACAGGUGUUCACAAAUACAAAUGGUUGAAGCAGAAUGUUCAGGGUCUUUAUCCACAGUCUGCACUCCUCAGCACAAUUGCUGAAUUUGCCCUUAAGGAAGAGCCAGUGGAUGUGGAAAAAAUGAGAAAGUGCCUAUUAAAACAGUUGGAGAGAGCAGAGGUUCGUCUGGAAGGGAUAGAUACAAUUUUAAAACUGGCAACCAAAAAUUUCUUACUUCCAUCUGUACAGUAUGCUAUGUUCUGUGGAUGGCAAAGACUUAUUCCUGAGGGGAUUGAUAAAGGGGAACCUCUUACAGAUUGUUUAAAGGAUGUUGAUUUGAUCCCACCUUUUAAUCGGAUGCUACUGGAAGUAACUUUUGGCAAGCUGUAUGCUUGGGCUGUUCAGAAUAUUCGAAAUGUUUUGAUGGAUGCAAAUGCCAAAUUUAAAGAGCUUGGUAUCCAGCCUGUCCCCCUACAAACCAUUACCAAUGAGAAUCCUUCAGGACCAAGCCUGGGGACGACCCCACAAGCUCGCUUUCUCCUGGUCAUGCUCAGUAUGCUCACCCUGCAGCAUGGUGCAAACAACCUGAACCUCCUGCUGAACUCCGGCACACUCGCCCUCACACAGACAGCACUUCGGCUUAUUGGUCCUAGUUGUGAUAAUGUUGAAGAGGAUAUGAAUGCUUCUGCCCGAGGAGCUUCUGCUACAGUUUUGGAAGAGACAAGGAAGGAAACGGCUCCGGUGCAGCUUCCAGUUUCAGGGCCAGAACUGGCUGCCAUGAUGAAGAUUGGAACCAGGGUCAUGAGAGGUGUUGAUUGGAAAUGGGGUGAUCAGGAUGGACCUCCUCCUGGUCUUGGCCGUGUGAUUGGUGAACUGGGAGAGGACGGAUGGAUCAGGGUCCAGUGGGACACGGGCAGCACCAACUCCUACAGGAUGGGGAAGGAGGGGAAGUAUGACCUCAAGUUGGCAGAGCUGCCAGCCUCCACACAGCCCUCAGCAGAGGACUCGGACACAGAGGAUGACUCUGAAGCUGAACAAAUUGAAAGGAACAUUCAUCCCACUGCAAUGAUGCUUACCAGUACUGUUAAUUUAUUGCAAACUCUUUGUCUCUCUGCUGGAGUCCACGCUGAAAUCAUGCAGAGUGAAGCCACCAAGACCCUGUGUGGACUGCUGCGAAUGUUAGUGGAAAGUGGAACGACGGACAAGACAUCAUCCCCAAACAGGCUGGUGUGCCGGGAGCAGCACCGGAGCUGGUGCACGCUGGGCUUCGUGCGGAGCAUCGCGCUCACGCCACACAUGUGUGCUGCCCUCAGCUCCCCACAGUGGAUUGCCCUGCUCAUGAAGGUCGUGGAGGGACAUGCACCUUUCACCGCCGCCUCCCUGCAGCGGCAGAUAUUAGCUGUGCAUUUACUGCAAGCAGUGCUUCCAUCCUGGGACAAAACCGAAAGGGCAAGGGAUAUGAAAUGCCUUGUGGAAAAGCUGUUUGGUUUCCUGGGCAGCUUGCUCACCACCUGUUCUUCAGAUAUCCUAUUCCUCAGAGAAUCUACUCUGAGGCGGCGGAGGGCACGCCCGCAGGCCUCCCUGACCGCCACCCAUAGCAGCACCCUGGCAGAAGAGGUGGUGGCGCUGCUCCGCACACUUCACUCCUUGGGUCAGUGGAAUGGACUCAUAAACAAGUACAUCAACUCUCAGCUCCAUUCCGUCACCCGCAGCUGCACAGGAAAGCCGUCAGAGGGGGCCCUGUUAGAGGACUACUUUCCUGAUUCUGAAAACCCUGAGGUGGGGGGCCUCAUGGCAGUCCUGGCUGUGAUCGGAGGCAUCGAUGGUCGCCUGCGCCUCGGGGGACAAGUCAUGCACGAUGAGUUUGGAGAAGGCACGGUGACUCGCAUCACCCCGAAGGGCAGAAUCACUGUACAGUUCUCAGACAUGAGGAUGUGUCGUGUUUGCCCAUUGAAUCAGCUGAAACCACUCCCUGCCGUGGCAUUCAGUGUCACCAACCUGCCCUUCACAGAGCCGAUGCUGUCUGUCUGGGCUCAAUUGGUAAACCUCGCUGGAAGCAAAUUGGAAAAGCAUAAAGUAAAGAAAUCACCUAAACAGGGUUUUGCAGGACAAGUAGACCUGGAUCUGCUGAGGUGCCAGCAGUUAAAACUGUACAUCCUGAAGGCAGGCCGUGCACUGCUUUCCCACCAGGACCAGCUCAGGCAGAUCUUGUCUCAGCCAGCUGUUCAGGAAGUCACAGCUGCUCAUACAGAUGAUGGAGCAGCUGCAUCCCCUGACCUUGGGGACAUGUCUCCUGAAGGGCCGCAGCCUCCAAUGAUCCUCUUGCAGCAGUUACUGGCCUCGGCCACCCAGCCAUCUCCAGUGAAGGCCAUAUUUGACAAGCAGGAGCUAGAGGCUGCAGCUCUGGCUGUAUGUCAGUGUUUGGCUGUGGAGUCCACUCACCCGUCAAGCCCAGUGUUUGAAGACUGCAGCUCCAGUGAGGCCACAACGCCUGUCCCUGUGCAGCAUGUUCGUCCUGUCAGAGUAAAGAAGCGCAAACAGUCACCUGCCCCUGCUCUGCCUAUUGUGGUUCAGCUAAUGGAAAUGGGAUUUCCUAGAAGGAACAUAGAGUUUGCGCUGAAGUCACUCACUGGUGCCUCUGGGAAUGCUGCUGGCUUGCCAGGCGUGGAGGCCUUGGUUGGGUGGCUGCUGGACCAUGCUGAUGUGCAGGUCACAGAUCUCUCGGAUGCAGACACAGGGUCUGAGGAGUGUUCAGAUGAGGAGGUGGUGGAGGAUGUGGACGACUCGGCCUACGCUGUGUCUACUGGUGCUGUUGUAACAGAGAGCCAGACAUACAAAAAACGAGCUGAUUUCUUGAGUAAUGAUGAUUAUGCUGUGUAUGUGAGAGAGAAUAUUCAGGUGGGAAUGAUGGUUAGAUGCUGUCGAACAUAUGAAGAAGUGUGUGAAGGAGACGUGGGCAAAGUUAUCAAAUUGGAUAGAGAUGGACUACAUGACCUCAAUGUUCAGUGUGAUUGGCAGCAGAAAGGAGGCACUUACUGGGUUAGGUAUAUUCAUGUGGAACUUAUUGGCUAUCCUCCACCAAGUUCUCCGUCUCACAUAAAGAUUGGUGAUAAAGUUCACGUCAAAGCCUCAGUCACCACACCAAAAUACAAGUGGGGAUCUGUGACUCAUCAAAGUGUGGGGGUUGUGAAAGCUUUCAGUGCAAAUGGAAAAGAUGUCAUUGUCGACUUUCCUCAGCAGUCUCACUGGACUGGGCUGUUGUCAGAAAUGGAGUUGGUGCCUAGUGUUCAUCCUGGGGUUACGUGUGAUGGCUGUCAGAUGUUUCCUAUCAAUGGAUCUAGAUUCAAAUGCAGGAACUGUGAUGACUUUGAUUUUUGUGAAACCUGUUUCAAGACCAGAAAACACAAUACUAGGCAUACGUUUGGCAGAAUAAAUGAACCAGGACAGUCUGCAAUAUUUUGUGGCCGUUCUGGAAAACAGCUGAAGCGUUGUCACAGCACUCAGCCAGGCAUGCUUCUGGAUAGCUGGUCCCGGAUGGUAAAGAGCCUAAAUGUGUCAUCUUCUGUGAACCAGGCUUCUCGUCUUAUUGAUGGCAGUGAGCCCUGCUGGCAGUCAUCUGGUUCACAAGGAAAGCAUUGGAUUCGUUUGGAGAUUUUCCCAGAUGUUCUUGUUCAUAGAUUAAAAAUGAUAGUUGAUCCCGCUGACAGUAGCUACAUGCCUUCCCUGGUAGUGGUGUCAGGUGGAAAUUCCCUAAAUAAUCUAAUUGAACUAAAGACAAUCAAUAUUAACCCCACUGACACCACAGUGUCCCUUCUGAAUGACUGCACAGAGUAUCACAGGUAUAUUGAAAUUGCUAUAAAGCAGUGCAGGAGCUCAGGAAUUGAUUGUAAAAUCCAUGGUCUUAUCCUGCUGGGACGCAUCCGUGCAGAGGAGGAAGAUUUGGCUGCAGUUCCUUUCUUAGCCUCAGAUAAUGAAGAGGAAGAAGACGAAAAAGGCAACAGUGGGAGCCUUAUUAGAAAGAAGACUGCAGGGCUGGAAUCGGCAGCUACAAUAAGAACCAAGGUGUUUGUGUGGGGACUGAAUGACAAGGACCAGCUGGGCGGCCUGAAGGGCUCUAAGAUAAAGGUUCCUUCAUUCUCUGAGACACUGUCUGCUUUGAAUGUGGUACAGGUGGCUGGUGGUUCUAAAAGUUUGUUUGCAGUGACUGUGGAAGGGAAGGUAUAUGCCUGUGGAGAAGCCACGAAUGGCCGACUGGGGCUAGGCAUCUCUAGCGGGACUGUGCCCAUCCCUCGGCAGAUUACAGCUCUUAGCAGUUAUGUGGUCAAGAAGGUGGCCGUUCAUUCAGGUGGCCGACAUGCUACGGCUUUAACUGUUGAUGGGAAAGUGUUUUCCUGGGGUGAAGGUGAUGAUGGCAAACUUGGACACUUCAGCAGAAUGAACUGUGACAAGCCACGGCUUAUAGAGGCCCUGAAAACCAAGCGUAUCCGGGAUAUUGCCUGUGGGAGCUCACACAGUGCAGCCCUCACGUCCAGUGGGGAGCUAUACACCUGGGGCCUUGGAGAGUACGGCCGGUUGGGACAUGGGGAUAAUACAACACAACUGAAGCCCAAAAUGGUGAAAGUCCUUCUUGGUCACAGAGUAAUCCAGGUUGCAUGUGGAAGUAGAGAUGCACAGACCCUGGCUCUGACUGAUGAAGGUUUGGUAUUUUCCUGGGGUGAUGGUGACUUUGGAAAACUGGGCCGGGGAGGAAGUGAAGGCUGUAACAUUCCCCAGAACAUUGAGAGACUGAAUGGACAGGGAGUGUGCCAGAUUGAAUGCGGAGCUCAGUUCUCCUUGGCUCUCACCAAGUCAGGAGUGGUGUGGACAUGGGGGAAGGGGGAUUACUUCAGGUUGGGCCACGGCUCUGAUGUGCAUGUGCGGAAGCCACAAGUGGUGGAAGGGCUGAGAGGUAAGAAGAUUGUGCAUGUGGCCGUCGGGGCCCUGCAUUGCCUGGCAGUCACAGAUGCAGGGCAGGUUUAUGCUUGGGGGGAUAAUGACCAUGGCCAACAGGGCAAUGGCACAACCACAGUUAAUAGAAAGCCUACACUUGUACAAGGCUUAGAAGGCCAGAAGAUCACGCGAGUGGCUUGUGGGUCUUCACACAGUGUGGCAUGGACUACUGUUGAUGUGGCAACACCCUCUGUCCACGAGCCCGUCCUCUUUCAGACUGCAAGAGACCCUUUAGGUGCUUCCUAUUUAGGUGUGCCUUCAGAUGCUGAUUCUUCUGCUGCCAGCAAUAAAAUCAGUGGUGCAAAUAAUUCUAAGCCAAAUCGCCCUUCUCUUGCCAAGAUUCUCCUGUCAUUGGAUGGAAAUCUGGCCAAACAGCAGGCCUUAUCUCAUAUACUUACAGCACUGCAAAUCAUGUAUGCCAGAGAUGCGGUGGUUGGGGCGCUCAUGCCAGCUGGCAUGAUUGCCCCGGUGGAGUGUCCUUCAUUCUCCUCCUCGGCACCUCCUUCCGAUGUGUCUGCUCUGGCCAGUCCUGUGAACGGAGAAGAAUGUGUGCUAGCUGUUGAUAUUGAAGACAGACUGAGUCCAAAUCCAUGGCAAGAAAAGAGAGGAGAGAUGAUCUCUUCUGACGAUGCUGUGACCCCCUCUGCAGUGACCCCAUCUGCUUCCUCAGCUUCUUCUCGACCAUUUAUCCCAGUGACGGAUGACCCAGGAGCUGCCAGCAUCAUUGCAGAAACUAUGACAAAAACCAAAGAGGAUGUUGAAAGCCAAAAUAAAGCAUCAGGCCCAGAACCUCAGUCCUUGGAUGAAUUCACCAGUCUGCUGGUUGCGGAUGACACCCGAGUCAUGGUGGACUUGCUCAAGCUGUCCGUGUGUAGCCGGGCAGGGGACAAGGGCAGGGACGUGCUUUCAGCUGUGCUCUCUGGCAUGGGUACCGCCUACCCACAGGUGGCAGAUAUGUUGCUGGAGCUCUGUGUCACCGAACUGGAGGAUGUAGCCACGGACUCGCAGAGCGGCCGCUUGUCCUCUCAGCCGGUGGUGGUAGAGAGUAGCCAUCCCUACACGGACGACACUUCCUCCAGUGGCACAGUCAAGAUACCAGGGGCAGAAGGACUCAGGGUGGAGUUUGACCGGCAGUGCUCUACAGAGAGGCGCCACGACCCUCUCACAGUCAUGGACGGUGUCAACAGGAUUGUCUCCGUGCGGUCAGGCCGAGAAUGGUCUGACUGGUCCAGUGAGCUGCGCAUCCCAGGGGAUGAGUUGAAGUGGAAGUUCAUCAGUGAUGGGUCUGUGAAUGGGUGGGGCUGGCGCUUCACAGUCUAUCCCAUCAUGCCAGCUGCAGGCCCUAAAGACCUCCUUUCCGAUCGCUGCGUGCUCUCCUGUCCAUCCAUGGACUUGGUGACAUGUCUGUUAGACUUCCGCCUCAACCUCACCUCAAACAGAAGCAUUGUCCCUCGCCUCGCAGCGUCGCUGGCAGCCUGUGCACAGCUGAGUGCCUUAGCUGCCAGUCACAGAAUGUGGGCCCUUCAAAGACUGAGGAAACUGCUCACAACUGAAUUUGGGCAAUCAAUUAACAUAAACAGGCUACUUGGAGAUAACGAUGGGGAAGCAAGAGCUUUGAGUUUUACAGGUAGUGCUCUUGCUGCUUUGGUAAAAGGCCUUCCAGAAGCUUUGCAAAGGCAGUUUGAAUAUGAAGAUCCUAUUGUAAGAGGUGGCAAGCAGCUGCUCCACAGCCCAUUCUUUAAGGUACUGGUAGCUCUUGCUUGUGACCUGGAACUAGACACUCUCCCCUGCUGUGCUGAGACGCACAAGUGGGCUUGGUUCCGAAGGUACUGCAUGGCCUCCCGUGUUGCUGUGGCCCUGGACAAAAGAACACCAUUGCCACGUCUUUUUCUUGAUGAGGUGGCUAAGAAAAUUCGGGAGUUAAUGGCAGACAGCGAACACAUGGAUGUUCUCCAUGAAAGCCACGACAUUUUUAAAAGAGAGCAAGAUGAACAACUUGUGCAGUGGAUGAACAGGAGACCCGAUGACUGGACUCUUUCUGCUGGCGGCAGCGGAACAAUUUAUGGAUGGGGGCAUAAUCACAGGGGACAGCUUGGGGGCAUCGAAGGUGCAAAAGUUAAAGUUCCCACUCCAUGCGAAGCCCUUGCAACUCUCAGGCCUGUGCAGCUAAUUGGAGGAGAACAGACUCUCUUUGCAGUGACAGCUGAUGGAAAGCUGUAUGCCACUGGAUAUGGUGCAGGUGGCAGACUAGGAAUUGGAGGGACAGAGUCGGUAUCUACCCCAACAUUACUUGAAUCCAUUCAGCACGUGUUUAUUAAGAAAGUAGCUGUGAACUCAGGAGGAAAACACUGUCUUGCCCUCUCUUCAGAAGGAGAAGUUUACUCUUGGGGUGAGGCAGAAGAUGGGAAGUUGGGGCAUGGCAACAGAAGCUUCAUUGGGGGCGUUGUGCUGGUGCUGAGCCUGCAGGCAGCGGCCUUCUUCGUCUUACGCUUCCUCAAGGCCAAGGACAGCACCUACCAGACACUGCCCCAGAAGCUGCCAGGAGCUGCUGAGCCGGCGUGCCACGUUGAGUGGCUGGUGCUGUCGAUGCCUACUCGAGGGCAGAGCCUUCUGGCUUGUUGUGACAAGGACACCAAAGAAGUCGGCUGGCUGGAGGCAGCUUUCCGAAAAGUAGUACAAGCAACUAUGGUGCGAGAUCGCCAGCAUGGUCCUGUGGUAGAGCUGAACCGGAUUCAGGUCAAACGUUCAAGGAGUAAAGGCGGCCUAGCAGGCCCUGAUGGGACCAAGUCUGUCUUUGGGCAGAUGUGUGCUAAGAUGAGCUCGUUUAGUCCCGACAGCCUCCUCCUCCCCCACCGCGUCUGGAAAGUCAAGUUUGUGGGUGAAUCUGUGGAUGACUGUGGUGGAGGCUACAGUGAGUCCAUAGCCGAGAUCUGUGAAGAACUGCAGAAUGGACUCACCCCGCUUCUGAUCGUGACGCCCAAUGGGAGAGACGAGUCAGGGGCCAACCGCGACUGCUACCUGUUCAGCCCUGCCGCCAGGGCACCUGUGCACACCAACAUGUUCCGCUUUCUGGGUGUGUUACUGGGCAUCGCUAUCCGGACUGGGAGUCCCCUGAGCCUCAACCUGGCCGAGCCUGUCUGGAAGCAGCUGGCUGGGAUGAGCCUCACCAUUGCAGACCUCAGCGAGGUUGAUAAAGAUUUUAUACCUGGGCUCAUGUACAUCCGUGACAAUGAAGCCACCUCAGAGGAGUUUGAGGCCAUGAGCCUGCCCUUCACUGUGCCAAGUGCAAGUGGCCAGGACAUCCAGCUGAGCUCCAAGUACACACACAUCACCCUGGACAACCGUGCAGAGUAUGUCCGGCUGGCAAUAAACUACAGACUCCAUGAAUUUGAUGAGCAGGUGGCUGCCGUUCGGGAGGGAAUGGCCCGAGUCGUUCCUGUCCCCCUUCUUUCUCUGUUCACUGGAUAUGAAUUGGAGACAAUGGUAUGUGGCAGCCCAGAUAUCCCUCUGCAUCUCUUAAAGUCAGUGGCAACAUACAAAGGAAUCGAGCCUUCUGCAUCCCUGAUCCAGUGGUUCUGGGAGGUGAUGGAGUCCUUCUCCAACACAGAGCGUUCCCUCUUCCUUCGCUUUGUGUGGGGCCGGACAAGACUGCCCAGGACCAUCGCCGACUUCCGGGGCAGAGACUUCGUCAUCCAGGUAUUGGAUAAAUACAACCCUCCUGACCACUUCCUUCCUGAGUCCUACACUUGCUUCUUUUUGCUGAAGUUGCCUAGAUAUUCCUGUAAGCAGGUGCUGGAGGAGAAACUGAAAUAUGCCAUCCACUUUUGCAAAUCGAUAGACACAGAUGAUUAUGCUCGCAUAGCCCUUACAGGAGAGCCAGCUGCCGAUGACAGCAGUGACGACUCAGAGAAUGAGGAUGUGGAUUCAUUUGCUUCAGACUCUACGCAGGAUUAUUUAACAGGACACUGAGAUGGAGAAAUGCCAUCGCAAGACACCACGAGACUAAGCAAGGAGGCAGAGUGCUGCAGUUUAGAGUGCAGGAGAUAGUGUGUUUGAUGAGAAAUAUUAGGUCUCUAAAAUGCAUGGGGGUGGGCAGGGAGACUGAUCACUCAUGACUGAACAAUGAAUGGAAUAAUGAUCAGAAAAUCAGCCUUGCAUGUGGGGCACUAUGUGGACACUAACAUUUAUUUUUGAGACUUAAGAGGGUCUUACCCAUAAUGCUGCAUUACAUGUAGGACUUCUGUGUUUACUACAAUGUGUAAAUGUUUAUAUAAAUACUGAAUUGCAGCAUCCCCAAAAUGAAUAAAAAGCCUUUUUACUUGUGGGUGCAAUAGAUUGUUUUUUUUUUCUUUUUUCUUCUUUUCAAGUGUUGUGCAUUGUCUUGAUUGUACAUUGGAAAUACUGUGUAAUGAUUAAAUCGUAUUAUAAAUAUUUCAAUUAAUAUUACCCUGAAUUUGUUUAUUAAAAGUUUUUUGAACAUUAAAUGAUUAGUAUUACUUAAAUGCAUCUAGAGGUUAUUUAAACCAAAAUCAAAACAAAAAGGCCAUUGGUCUCCCUCUUCUCCCCGGGUGCACAUUUUAGCAUAUGCAGUAUGUAACUUGAAUUGAGGCCUUUCUGUGAGCAGUAUCUAUCAUAGAAAGUAUACUAUAUAUAAUGUUUGUGUCCUGUAUAUACCUAAAUUUUAAGUCCCUAUGAAUAAAACAUCUGUCAUAAAAAUGUAAA